AAAGAGAAGCGGUAUUGAUUGAAACCACCAGCUCCCGUGGCCCUCUUAGUUCACAAGCGUGGAGAGAUCACGAGCGAGAGAGCUCAAAAUCCCCAAAAUUUCCCUAAAAUUUCCCAUAUUGAUGCCAAUUCUCUGCACGAUUACGUCCAUUUUAUCCAGAUUUGAGUUCUGAAACCCCAGUGUGCGAGGGAAAUCGGAUUGGAUCUGGUGGAGGUGCGAGGGUUUGGAGCUUCAUUGACGGCGAUUAUGAAGGAAAAAAUGGUCAUACGGAGAUCAUUGAACCGGUUCUUCUGCGUUCUUUAAUUCCUUAGUUGCAGCCAGUUUUUGAAUAGCUCCAUGAUCUCAAUUACCAGUUUCAGAGAGUUCUUUUGAUCUCUGAAAUCUCAAGAAAAAUCUCAUCUGUUUCGCAUCAAGCCAAUCAAUCUAAUUGAACAGGAGAAAAUGCAGUCUAAAUCCCGGAUCCAUGCUGAUCCGUCUCUCUACGAACCGGACCUAUUCGAUCAGAUUCCUGAUUCCAUUGUCCUCCUCAUCCUUAACAAGGUUGCAGAUGUUCGAUCGCUUGGCCGAUGCUCUGCGGUCUCUAAACGCUUCAAUACCCUCAUCCCCCUCGUCCAUGAUGUCUAUGUCAAGAUCGAUCGGGUUGUCACUGUUGAUGGAGAUCCUGAUGACACUCUAAACCCAUCGGUUCCAAAACCUCGCAACCUAUUCUCUCACUUCCUCAAGCUCAUGCUUUUCACCCUCCUCAAGCCUUUCCACAACCUCCGCAACACUAAUGGAGGGAACCGAACUCUCUUCCCACAGCUUUCUCAGCACUCCCCUGCCCAAGUUCUCAAGAAUUUCACACAUGUCCGUAAUUUGAGGAUCGAGCUCCCUGCUGGUGAUGUUGGAACUGAGGAAGGGGUUCUCUUGAAAUGGAGGGCAGAGUUUGGGAGCACACUGCACAACUGUGUCAUACUUGGUGGGACACGAAUUGAUCGUAGGCCUGCUUCAUCUGAUCAGGAGGCGAGUUUAGAUGACAAUGGAAGCAUACCCGAGUCGUUCUAUACGAAUGGAGGGCUUAAGCUUAGGGUGGUUUGGACUAUUAGUUCUCUGAUUGCUGCAUCUACACGGCAUUAUCUUCUACGCCCGAUAAUUAAGGACCAUCCUACGCUGAGAAGCUUGGUAUUGACAGAUGCUGAUGGGCAGGGAACUCUUGUGAUGGGUGCAGAGCAGUUGAAGGAGUUUAGGGAGAAGCCUGUUGCGGCCUCUGCUUCUUCUAAUAGGACUCAAGUUCCUGCCUCUAAUAUGAAGCUGAGGUAUGCCCCUUACUUGGAGCUCCCGAAUGGAAUGGGAAUGCAAGGAGCAACACUAGUUGCAAUCAAACCUUCGUACGAGAGUGGCAAUGUUGGUGGUGGUAGUAGUAGGAAGGACGCUGAGGCUUUUGUUUGUGGAGCAUUUGAUGGUCCUUUUAGGGCAGCGGUAAAAGCAUUGGUGAAGCGGAGAACUUAUCUUCUAGAGAUGAAUGGCUUCUAGAUCAGUAAUCUCAAAUUUGCGACUCUGCCCGUAGUUUAUUUUCCUCUACCUCAUCUCAAUACGAGAAUCGGCGUUAAUGGAAUAUCUAAAAGAUAAAUAACAUCUCUACUAGCUUGAGGUGUGUACCAGCUAUCCGCAGUCUUUUUUACUUCUAUCUGUACAGUAAUAAUCGCUGGUUGUGUUUCAUCUCAUGAUAUAAAUGGAGUAUUAUUUGUGACUUUGUGUAUCUUCAUUAUCCUCUCCUGUAAAUGUGAUGUUGAUCGUCUUCUUUAAAUA